AUGGUGCUGCCCGGGCCGCCCGCCAUGGCCCGCUCCGAGGAGGUGCACCGGCUCACCGAGAACGUCUACAAGACAAUCAUGGAGCAGUUCAAUCCCAGCCUCAGGAAUUUCAUUUCUAUGGGGAAGACCUACGAAAAAGCCUUAGCAAGUAUGACAUAUGCAGCGAAAGGAUACUUUGAUGCUCUGGUUAAAAUGGGAGAGCUGGCCAGCGAGAGCCAAGGAUCUAAAGAACUAGGAGACGUCCUCUUCCAGAUGGCAGAAGUCCACCGGCAGAUCCAGAACCAGCUCGAGGAGAUGCUGAAGUCCUUCCACAACGAGCUCCUCACGCAGCUGGAGCAGAAGGUAGAACUGGACUCCAGGUACCUGAGUGCCGCGCUCAAGAAGUACCAGACGGAGCAGAGGAGCAAGGGGGACUCGCUGGACAAGUGCCAGGCGGAGCUGAAGAAGCUGCGCAAGAAGAGCCAGGGCAGCAAAAACCCGCAGAAGUACUCGGACAAGGAGCUGCAGUACAUCGAGGCCAUCAGCAGCAAGCAGGGCGAGCUGGAAACCUACGUGUCUGACGGCUACAAGACGGCGCUCACCGAGGAGCGGAGGCGCUUCUGCUUCCUGGUGGAGAAACAGUGUGCCGUGGCCAAGAGCGCCAUCACCUACCAUGCCAAGGGGAAAGAAAUGUUGACGCAGAAGCUCCCGCUGUGGCAGCAGUCGUGCUCGGAUCCCAACAAGAUCCCGGACCGCGCCAUACAGCUCAUGCAGCAGAUGGCUGCCAGCAGCAAUGGCACCAUCAUGCCCAGCCCUCUGUCUACAUCCAAAUCAAACCUCAUCAUCUCUGACCCCAUUCCUGGUGCCAAACCUCUCCCUGUCCCCCCGGAGCUGGCACCUUUUGUAGGACGCAUGUCGGCGCAGGAGGCCAUGCCGCUGAUGAACGGAGUCUCCGGCGCAGACAGUGAUGAGUACAGCCACUGGUCUGAGAUGAAGCCAGCACAGCCCAAAUCUUUAUCUCCUCCCCAGCCUCAGAAGCAGCUGAGCGACUCUUACUCGAAUACUCUUCCCGUUCGCAAAAACGUUCCGCCGAAAAACAGCUACGCGUCCGCUGAAAACAAGACGCUGCCGCGCUCCAGCUCCAUGGCCGCAGGGCUCGAGAGGAACGGCCGGACGAGGGUGCAGGCUAUUUUCUCUCACGCUGCUGGUGAUAACAGCACCCUCCUGAGCUUCAAAGAGGGAGACCUCAUCACGCUGCUGGUGCCCGAGGCCCGCGACGGGUGGCACUACGGGGAGAGCGAGAAAACCAAGAUGAGAGGCUGGUUUCCCUUCUCGUACACGCGGGUGCUGGACACGGACGGAGGCGAGCGGGUCCAUGCCAGCCUGCAGCAGGGCAAGAGCAGCAGCACGGGCAACCUGCUGGACAAGGACGACGUGGCCAUCCCGCCGCCCGACUACGGCAUGUCCUCGCAGGCCUUCCCCUCGCAGGGCACCGGCACCUUCAAGCAGCGCCCGUACAGCGUGGCCGUGCCCGCCUUCGCCCAGGGCCUCGAUGACUACGGGACGAGAUCCGUUAGCAGCGGCAGUGGCAGUUUGGUAUCAACGGUGUGAGGACACCUUGGCUAGCAGGGGCAACUUGCUGCUUGGAAGAGCUUUCUGCUUCUUUCCCCCUUUAUUCCCCCCCCCUUUCCCCUCCCCUUUUCUCUCUCUCCUUCUUUCGGAGUUGAAACUCUUGUGAACUUCAAGGAAAUCCAUGGUGCUUCUCCAUGCCCUCCCGGUGUUCACAGUGCCCUUGUUUCUGAAGCCUUUCAGAGCAGACACUGCCAGGCGGCCGGUGCCGGCCGGGGCACGGUGCCCGCGCGGCGCUGCCGCUCCGUGCCCUGCGCGCGGGCCCCGCACGCACGGACCACGCUCCUUGCAGGCUGCCGCCCGCGUGCAUGCCCUCUGGUAUCUGUACUGUUACCCCCGGCCUCGCUCGGGAAGGGAAGGCAGCUCUGCUCCCUCUCCUCCCCAUCCACUUCGAGCCAACCGAGCGCGCAAGGUUGCGGGAGGAGAAGUGGAUGCUCCGCGGGCCCCGGCCCCGGAGCAAAACGGCUGGUUCUCUGCCGGCACCCUCUCGGAAGGGUUUCUCCUUGUUGUUUUAUAAAUAUAUAUGUAUAUAUAUAUUUUUUGUAGCAAGGUAUUGUUACCUCACGUUAGUGCUCGGGGCUGAGGCAGGGCGGGUUGAAGCCGCCUUUGCACCUAAAAAUUGGGCUUAAGUGACCCCAGUGCCGUCCUGGGGACGGACCCCGCGCUCGGGCCGCCCUGUGUCCCGGGGCUGGGCUGGGAUUGAGGCUCCUGCCCGCGCCCGGCUCCCUGCAAAGCUCCACACGCUUCCUUUUUCCAGUGUGAUUUUUAAAACCUCUCACCUGCCUGUUUACUCGGACAUUGCUGGCAAUAUAUGCACAGACACACAGACACACGGAGAAGUUUUUGUUUUAUAUACCAGACUAUGGGCAUAUUGGAGUGAGAGCCUCCCGCGCUGAUGUCAUGAUUUUGCUAAAGAUUUUUAACCCGAGAUAUUUCAUUGCUAAAUGACUAAAUGUAGAAGGAAAAAAAAAAGCAAAAAAAAAAAAAAAAAAAA